GUGCGCGCUCGGCCUGUCAAUGCAGAGAGAUUGUAGUGAAUUCCGUGAGGUCAUGUUUUGUAGCAGGACAACAGAAUAGCCAUCAUUUAUUAUCUAAAUAAUUCAACUUAAUUCAUUUUCGAGGACUCGGACUUUUGUGGCUAAUCCAGAACUGACAUUCUGUAUUUUGUUGACGGAGUACAGAGAGCCUAGUUUGGAUGCCCAGAAAGUAGCUCCUCCAGGUUUCAUCAUGAAUAAAAACAAGCGAGGAGGAGAGAGGGAGUUCUAUAGUUUAGAUGUCGGAGAUUCCACCUUCAAAGUCCUGAAGCGCUACCAGAAUCUAAGGCCCAUUGGCUCAGGAGCACAGGGAAUAGUCUGUUCAGCGUAUGACCACAACCUUGAGAGAAAUGUGGCUAUUAAGAAGUUGAGUCGGCCGUUCCAGAACCAGACGCACGCCAAGCGAGCGUACAGAGAACUGGUGUUAAUGAAAUGUGUCAAUCACAAAAAUAUCAUUGGCUUAUUAAACGUAUUCAGCCCACAAAAAUCAUUAGAAGAAUUUGCAGAUGUAUACAUUGUGAUGGAGCUGAUGGAUGCCAACCUGUGCCAGGUGAUUCAGAUGGAGCUGGACCAUGAGAGGUUGUCCUACCUGCUGUACCAGAUGCUGUGUGGCAUCAAACACCUCCACAAUGCCGGCAUCAUACACAGGGAUCUGAAGCCCAGUAACAUUGUGGUGAAGUCAGACUGUACAUUAAAGAUCUUGGACUUUGGCUUGGCUCGAACAGCGGCUACAGGUUUACUGAUGACCCCCUAUGUAGUGACCAGAUACUACAGAGCACCAGAGGUCAUACUGGGGAUGGGCUACCAGGCCAAUGUGGACAUAUGGUCUGUGGGGUGUAUUCUGGCAGAAAUGGUCCGUCACAAAAUCCUGUUCCCAGGAAGGGACUACAUUGACCAGUGGAACAAAGUGAUAGAGCAGCUUGGGACUCCGCCCCAGGAGUUCCUGAUGAAGCUCAACCAAUCAGUGAGGACGUAUGUUGAGAACCGACCGCGCUACGCAGGAUACAGCUUCGACAAACUCUUCCCGGACGUCCUCUUCCCUGCAGACUCAGAACACAACAAACUGAAAGCGAGCCAGGCCAGAGACCUGCUGUCUAAGAUGUUGGUGAUUGACUCGUCUAAGAGGAUCUCGGUGGACGAGGCCCUGAAACACCCCUAUAUCAACGUGUGGUACGACCCAGCAGAAGUGGAGGCACCCCCUCCAAAGAUCACAGACAAGCAGCUGGAUGAGCGAGAGCAUACGGUGGAGGAGUGGAAAGACCUGAUCUGGAAGGAGGUGUAUGAGUGGGAUGAGUGGACCAAGCAGAAUGGAGUGAUCAGAGGACAACCUCCUCCUUUAGCACAGGUGCAGCAGUGAUUGACAGCUCCCCUCAGCCCGCCUCAUCCUCCUCCUCGGCCAAUGACGUAUCCUCCAUGUCGACUGAGCCAAGUGACCCCACCAUGACCUCUGACACGGACAUCAGCCUGGACAGCCACACCUCCCUGGGAGCACUGGCCUGCUGCAGAUAACACACGUACCCGCACGCACACACACACACACACACACACACACACACACACACACACACACACACACACACACACACACACACACACACACACACACACACACACACACACACACACACACACACACACAGACAGACAGACACAGCCCUACACAUCCUGUCAUAGUAUACAUAGUUUGAGACACUUAAGGGUCCUUUGUUAAAAACAUUUUUUUUAAUGUACAGCUUCUUUUAACUUCUCUGUCUCCUAUAUUCUGUAUUGCCGAUUGUGUACAUGCUGUAAAUUAUUAUAUUUAUUUAUUUAUUUUCUUGUGUCAGCUUCUGUCCCUCCAAGCUGUGUACAGUAUUUCUAUGCUGUAAGUUGUAGUCUUUUGGAUCUCACAGUGGAUGGAACUUCUUCCCCCUUUUCUCUAUUAGAAAGUGUUUCCAUACAAACACAUAUUUUAUUUUCUAGUAUUUAGUCGUCAUCUCUAUUUAAAUGGAUCCUAAAAACCAUUGAACAUAUUUCGACACCCUGUUACUCUGCCUACCCGUAGCUGUAGUGUUCUGUAGUCAUGGCUACAACUUUCUUUUUUCUAGUAAUGGAACAUCUCUUUAUUUAUUAUAUGACUGUAAAUGUAACGUUUUUUGGGGUGUUGGAUCUGGAGAUCAAAUGUUAAUGAGCAGAUAUGGGAGUAUGGGAAGACAAUAAAAUCACCUGGCCCAAAUACUUUAGACACUUUCCCCUCUUUGUUGCUUGACUUCUUCAACCAGUUACAAUUUGCUCCCUGUCCCUCCUGCUUGUCCCUCACCCUUCGACGUUUGCAGUAGUAGUAGUAGUUCUGGAUAAGUAGAAACACCUGUACAGUUCUGCAAACAUCAAAGGGUUGGGGCCAAGGGUAGCGGUAAGGGACCAAUUUGGGACAAAUUGGCUGCUUAUGUUUUAUUGUUGGGGCCAGGAGUCUUUCCUCAGGUUACACGACCAGGCAAAACCCCUAGCCCUAAUUCAUUCGAUUUGAUUUAAGUGCUCUUACAGUUGUCUGCGUUUUUUUUUUUAGCCCCUCUCUAUCUCGCUCUGCUGUUGAGGCACUCGAAGAGUGUUUUGUUAGCUUAGUACGCCUGAGCUCCUCUCUCUGUGCCGUCUCUGUUAGAGGACUUGGUUUUCAUUAACUACCUCGCCUAUAUGAGUUUCUGACUGACGUAACAGUCCACAGCAUACGGUCUUAAAAAAACAAAUGUGAAUGAAGUUUUAUUUUUAUUUAUUUAUUUGGAAAUGUACAAUUAUCAAUGUUAGAAGACUGCUAGUAUUGUACGUACUCACUGGGCACAGACGUCAAUUCAAUGUCUAUUCCAUGAUGUUUCAACAUAAUUUCAUUGAAAAUGACGUGGGAAACAAUGUUGAUUCAACCCAUGUGUACUAUGUAUAUACAUUUAUUUUUUAUUUUCAGUUGAUGUGCAAUACCUAUGAUUUGUAGACUAUAGAGUAGGUAGUGAGUGGUUGAUUUGUAUGCUAGAUGGAUGUUCUCCAGGGGUUUCAAAAGGUUUGCCGCCAGCCAUGUUUUCCUUUUUCUAGAUGAAGACGUAUUUGAUGGCUCGAUUCCAAACCGAUCCCUCACCCCUCUUCUCAACGUUCAAUCCCUAUAUGACCUGUGUAUGUUUGGAACUGGGCCCCAUCCCUGGCUGUGGUCAGGCCUAUCACACACCAGAAACAUGGCUCAUGGCUCAGGAGGGCUCAAUACUUUGGAACGUUCAGAUGGUAUCUGUGGAAUCCGUCUAGUAAGUUUCACCCUCCUGAGCGCAACCCAGGUUUCGUGGUGUUUUCCGCAAAGGCCAGUUGUAUAAAUUUUAGCCUUUUGAUCUGGACAUGGCCUCACUACAGACUUAAUGUACACACUGGAAAAAGUUAGACAAUGUCAACCUGCAACUCCUGCAAAUAAAGGGUUGAAUUUGA